AUGUCUCUCUUUGGCCAAACUCAGCAACAGUCGGGUGGACUGUUUGGGUCCGCUACGCCUACCGCAAAUAAGCCCAGCCCCUUUGGCGGCUUCGGCGCGACGACGACGACGACGACGACGACGGCGGGAACGCAGCAAACCCCCGGCGGCGGCCUAUUCGGCGGGGCGCCGACUCAGCAGCCCGCCGCGGGAGGAGGAGGCCUCUUCGGAUCCAAUGCGACGUCGCAACCGCAGCAGACCGGCGGCCUUUUUGGGUCCACGACCACGACGCAGAAUCAGCCUCAGGCCGGCGGGGGCCUGUUUGGAUCGACGGCUCAACAGACACCGCAGGGCGGUGGUCUAUUUGGCGGCGGCCUGGGCCAGACGCAGACACAGCAGCCGCAGCAAGCGGCUGCUGGCGGUGGUGGGUUGUUCGGGUCGACGCUCGGCCAGCAGAAGCCGCAGGGUGGUGGGUUGUUUGGAGGGUUGGGACAGCAGCAGCAGCAACAGCAACCGCAGCAGCAGGGGGGUGGUCUUUUUGGAGGCCUGGGAGCUACUACACAACAGCCGCAGCAGCAACCUCAGCAACAAGGUGGUCUGUUCGGUGGAUCUUUGCUGGGCGGUCAGCAACAGCAGCAACAGGCCCAGCAGCAGCAGCAGCAGCAGCAGUCUCAACUGGGACAGACCACAACACACCAACCCGGGUCUAGCCUCUGGUCGCCAGGCCGCGCCGUCACUGGAGUACAUCGUACUGUGCCCAUGCAGAUUGAGAUCCUGAAGAAUAAGUGGGACACCGGCACCCGCGCGUCGCCGUUCCGGUCUUAUCUGUAUAACUACGUCACAGAGGAUUCCGCACCCUUCUUCCAGCCCACCGCAGAGGACGACGACACAAAGUGGGAGGAGGCGUUACGGAAACGGCCUGGCCCGGGCUACGUGCCCGUGCUGGUGCGAGGCUUCUGGGAACUCGGCAAGCGCGCUCAGAGACAGAAGGACUUCCUGACCAUGGCCCAGACCCGUCUCCACGAGAUCAACAACUGUCUCACCGACUUGCUGUCACGCCACGACCUCAAGAUUUCCGUCAAGAUCGCCGACUGCCGUCGCAAGCAUCUGGUGCUGAGCAAGCGCUGUCUCGCCCUGGCCGCCAAGACCCAGGUGCUCCGGAAUCGAGGGUACGCGAUGGACGAGGCGGAAGAGGAGCUGAGGAAGAAGCUCUCGCAGCUGGAGCGGUCUGUCUUUGACCCUUCGCUUAACGGACGUGCUGAGGAGAUCUGGGCGCGGAUGUUGGCGAUCCGUGAGCACUCGAAACGGCUCCAGGCGGAGAUGGAGCGAGCGGGUGCCACCACGGCGGCUCAGGCUGAAGAUGAGCUGGAUGAGAACACCAUGAAGACGACAAAGAAGAUUCUGGCCGAUUACCAUGCCCAGAUCGAGCACCUGCACAAGGAACUGCAAUCAGUGAAAAAGGACUUCGAAGAGGCGGAGAAGCUGCUGCAGGGGACGGCUUCCCAUUGA